AUGACAUCGUACACUUCUCAACGUAAGUUUGAUUAUUUGUUUCAUUCAAUAUUCAUCUUGCAGAAGCCGAAGCCGCUCUGAAACCGCACUUGGAGAAGUACAUUCAUGCCGCUGACAACUGCAAUAUCGCCAGUGUCCAAUCGUUUUACCACCCAAACUCUGUAGUUGUCCAUAAGGGCAAAAAAUGCUACUAUGGACCUGAAGGUUACCUUUUUUGCUAAAAACAAUGUCUACCCAAUCUCAUUCAACUUCAGCCAUCGGCGAGUACAUGCGUAAGUUCUCCGAACUGACCGGAAUGUCAGUGACCACUCUUUCGAAUGCGAAGUACGAAGGAGUUGGCGACUUUCUGAUCAUCAGCGGCGAAAUAUCCGCGGAGACCGAGAAGGUCGGAGUAAAAAAGGCAAAGUUUGUGCAGAUUUGGAAGAAGGACGGCGAGAAGAAUUUGAUCCUUCACAAUGAAUUCGAUGUUAUCGCCUAA